GGCCCGGCCGCCGCUCCCCGCCUGCCUCCUUCCCUCCCUCCCUCCCUCCCUCCCUCGGCCGCGGGCAGGAGGGGCCGCCCGGGGCUUGGCGGCCGCGGAGAGAUGAGCAGCAGCAGCAAUAAGAGAGCCCCGACCACAGCGACGCAGAGGCUGAAGCAGGAUUACCUGAGGAUCAAAAAGGAUCCAGUGCCUUACAUCUGUGCUGAGCCCCUGCCCUCCAACAUCCUGGAAUGGCACUACGUGGUGCGAGGGCCAGAGCUGACCCCCUAUGAAGGUGGAUAUUACCACGGAAAAUUAAUAUUCCCUCGAGAAUUCCCUUUCAAACCUCCCAGUAUUUAUAUGAUCACACCCAAUGGAAGAUUCAAAUGCAACACAAGGCUGUGUCUGUCCAUCACGGAUUUCCACCCCGACACCUGGAACCCGGCCUGGUCGGUCUCCACCAUCCUGACGGGGCUGCUGAGCUUCAUGGUGGAGAAAGGGCCGACCCUGGGCAGCAUCGAGACCUCCGAGUUCACCAAAAGGCAGCUGGCUGCACAGAGCUUAGCAUUUAAUUUAAAAGAUAAAGUCUUCUGUGAGCUCUUCCCUGAAGUGGUGGAGGAAAUGAAGCAGAAGCAGAAGGCCCAGGAGGAGCUGAGCUCCAGACCUCCCUCGCUGCCCCUGCCCGACGUGGUUCCGGACGGGGACGCGCACUUGGGGCACAACGGGCACCCCCUGCUGAACGGGCACCCAGGGGGGCUGGGCCAGCACCCAGGGGGGCUGGGGCACCCAGGGGGGCUGGGACACCCAGGGGGGCUGGCCCAGCCCCACAGGCACCACGGACUCUUGGGGGGAGCCCUGGCGAACUUGUUUGUCAUCGUGGGCUUCGCCGCCUUCGCCUACACAGUGAAGUACGUGCUGAGGAGCAUAGCCCAGGAGUGAGGGGCACCCCAAACCCCAAAUCCCAAACCCCACUGGGGCUGGGGGCUCUGGGGAGGGGCACUUUGGGGGGUUUGGGCUCAGAAAUCAAAACCUGGUUUGGAAGAUUCUGGUUUGUAGAGUUGGGCUCCAUCUGUGGUUUGACAAUGGAAAAUGUUCAGUAAAUUUUUAUUCUGUUGAGUUUUCAA